UUCGAUUUUGACGUUAACCAUGCGGGAAAAUUCGUGCCGUGUUUUAACUGUGUUAUAAAGCCCCCAAGAGUGAAAUUCCGGUCCAAUUCACGUAUAACACUUUUACGCGAGGUCCUCUCCUAUCCCAACUUUGGCGGACCUCUUCCGAGAUUAUUAGCCACAUUUAUGUCCUACACGUGACGAGGUUAGGUCGCAAUGUGUGAAGUCAAAUUGGCGAAAAACGGCUGCACCACGGUAGCGGUUCGUUACCGCUUCGUGUUCGAAACCGUUGGGAACGAAAAACACUUAAAAUUCGCCCCCCAUCAAGUUAGAAAGCUCAAAGUUGAGGUUCCCAAGGAGGAGGUCUCCGAAGAGCUGAAACCCGAAACUGUUGUCUAUGAAGACGACGUGGAAUACUUGCGAAGCCUAGACCCGAAGGAAUGGAAGAGCCAAGACCACUACAAAGUGCUCGGGAUCCCCACACUGAGGUACAGGGCCUCCGAGGAGAUUAUCAAGACAGCUUAUCGCAAAAAAGUGCUAAAACACCACCCAGACAAGCGGAAAGCUCUGGGCGAAGAAGUGAAAGCCGACGAUGACUAUUUCACGUGCAUCACAAUGGCGUACGAAACUCUAGGAAAUCCAGUUAAAAGACGGUCUUAUGACUCGGUCGAUCCCGAGUUUGAUAACAAUGUUCCCAGUGGGGCCGACUUGAAGAAGGAUUUCUACGAGACUUUUAGUUACUUUUUCGAUUUAAAUUCACGUUGGUCGGAAAAAACGAACGUUCCUAAGCUGGGCGGGCCUGACUCGAGUAGGGAAGAAGUGGAGAGGUUUUACUCAUUUUGGUACGAUUUCAAAUCGUGGCGCGAAUACUCUUAUGAAGAUGAGGAAGAUAAGGAGAAAUGCCAAGAUCGUGACGAGCGAAGAUACGUCGAUAAAUUGAACAAAGCCGAGCGUCUUAGGAAGAAAAAAGAAGAGAUGUCACGAAUUCGCUCUUUAGUUGAUAUAGCCUAUAAUAACGACCCUAGAAUUGCGAAAAUUAAGCAAGAAGAGAAAGACCGGAAAUUGGCGGCGAAACGAGCGAAACAAACCGCCGCGCAAGCGAAGAAAGAGGAGGAAGAACGGAUUUUAAGGGAAGCCCAGUUGUUGAAAGAACAGGCGGAAGCAGCAGAACGUGCACGGAUUGAGGCCAAACGACAGGAAAGGGAGGCACAAAAACGGGCGUUGAAGAAAGAACGCAAAGCACUGAGAGACUUGUGCAAGGCUAACAAUUAUUACGCGGAGAAUGGCGACGAAAAUUUGGCUAACAUGACCGGAGUUGAGACAAUCUGUGAAAUGUUUACGCUGUCGGAACUCGAAGAUUUGAACAAGAGUUUGAAUAGUAGCGGAAAGCCGGCAUUUAUCAAAGCUUUAAAAGAAAUGAACGACCGGUAUGAGAAAGAAAAACAGGAAGUGAUCGAAGCCGCUCGGCAGAAGAACGCCGAUAACAACAAAGACGUUAUCAUGAAGGCCGUUCCCGAGUGGAACCAGGAAAACAUCCAGCUGUUGGUGAAAGCGGUCAACCUUUUCCCUGCUGGGACCAAUCAGAGGUGGGACGUCGUGGCGAAUUUUAUCAAUCAGCACGGUAGUUUCAAUUCGAGUGCGCGGUUUAAUGCGAAGAUGGUCUUGGCGAAAGCCAAGGACUUGCAAAACACCGAUUUUUCGAAGAAUAAUUUGAAAGAAGUUGCGAAUAAGCAAGCGUUUGAUAAUUUCAAGAAGGACAAGCGGAAUGUGCUGAACGUGGAUGAGUCCGGGAUUUCGAAAAAGUUGGAUGAGGUUACGUUGAAUGGAGAUAGUAAGAAGGUUGCGAACGGUGAUGUGAAGGGGAAGCAGGAAACGGCGUGGACGACCACAGAGCAACAACUUCUAGAACAAGCGUUGAAAACUUAUCCUGCGUCAACUGCGGAACGGUGGGAUCGAAUUGCUGAGUGUAUUCCGAAUAGGAGUAAGAAGGAGUGUAUGAAGAGAUAUAAGGAGCUAGUGGAGACUGUUAAGGCGAAGAAAGCGGCACAAGCGGCUGUUGCGAGCAAAUAACGUCGAAACUCAUGUAGUUUGCAAUUCUACUUAUUUAUUGUUUGUCCGAACAGGUGAUCUAACAAAGCAAAUUGUUUUGUCUUUAAUUAUGUAAUUAGACCGUUAUUGACUAUUGUAAUUGUAAUAAAGAUAUAUCUUCAA